GCGGUCCUCGGCAGAAAAAGGAAAGUAUGGAUCACAGAGCAGUUUCGCUGGGAAGGUAGACGCUCAAAACAGUAAAAUAUCGGGAAUAUUUUACGCUAAAAAUCUUCAUAAGGAUAUGUAUUUUGCUGUUCAGUAAGCGUGUAUUCCCUUUAUUGUUCUGUAUGUUCAGCUGUGUGUUUAUAUAAAGUUAGCCAACUUGUGUUGGCGUGUUUUUGAUUGAUUAGUCAGUGGAAUUUAUCAGAACCUUCAUGGCGUUGAUAGCGGCCGACCACCAGGGCUGCAAACUGAACGGGACUAUUGCGGUUUACGGCAGAGUUGGACCAAGAAAAGAAGUGUUUCAAGGGAAGGUGGAGGGCUUUAAAGCGGCCAAAAUGCAGCCAAAAGAGACGGAGUAUUCAACAGAUGGCCUGCCCAAAGCCUUCCUGCACAGCCUGAGGACCCUGUUUGACAUUUUGGAUGACUGUGGACGGGGAUAUGUCCACAUCUCGGAGAUCGAGAGCCGCUGGCAGGGCGCAGACACCCGGGACCUGCCCGGCGGGGUGCUGGGCUGCCUCAGGAGGGUCACCCCACCGCAUGGCUGCCUCACCUUUGAGCGGUUCGUUGCGGGGCUGCGGUACUCCAUGCUCAACCCGGAGAACAGCAGCCACCUCAAGGCCCAGGCUGCCGUGCACCCGCAGCAGGCACCGAAGCAGCCCCAGAAACCCGCCCCGCUGUCCACAUGCAGUGUUGGGACACGGGUUGAGAACAAGGUCCGUCCGCUGGGGCCGAGCAAUGUGACCAACACCCAGCAGCACCGGGCGUCCUCCCUGCAGAGCCGGGCCAGGCCGGAGGAUGGGACCGGGUACCCCGUGUGUGGACCGGCGCCGUAUAGCGCGGGCUUCGAGAGGUCUGGGAGGAGUUUGGAGCGGAAUUCUGUCGCACCGGGGGGCGGGUGUUACCGGGCCGACCCGGGCCAUGCCACCAAACCAGCGCAGCCCCAGCAGAGCCGGGUCAGGUCCAUUGAGUCGCUUGCUCUGGAGUCACCGCAGCUUCAACGAACAAGUGUUGUGAAAUCAGGUUUACCAAGAUCUCAGAGCGAAUCAGCAACAGGAUUUACAGGCGGCUCCAGGCGACACGGGCGGAGUCGGGAAGAGCAGAGGCGGCAUACCAUAUCCAACGGGGUGGAUUAUGGAAUGUUAAAGCAAAUGAAAGAGCUGGAGCAGGAGAAGGACUCCCUGCUGGCGGGCCUGGAAGUUGUGGAGCGGGCCCGCGACUGGUACCAGGGCCAAAUCCACAAUGUCACAGAGAGACAGCGGCAGGUCGGCCAGAGCUCCCACUCCACGGAUUUCUUUACAGAAGCCAAUCAGAGUCGCAUGAAUGUUCUAAUACCCAAACUGCAAGAAGUCAACCGCUGCCUUAAUGACCUUAUUUCCUGCACUGGGAUGCAGUCAUUUCCUUCCAGCGCGGUGCAGACAUCCGUGCUCUCAGCUAACCCCCAGCCUCCGGGUCCAGCUCCUCCGCAAGCCAUCCAGAGACUGAAAGACCAGAACCGACUUCUCACACAGGAGGUGACAGAGAGGAGCGAGCGGAUCGCCCAGCUGGAGCAGGAGAAGUCCGCUUUGAUAAAGCAGCUUUUUGAGGCUCGAGCCCGCAGUGCGCAAGACACCAGCACCAUGGAUUCCACCUUCAUCUGAAAACAAAUACACUCCACCCAACACCAUAACGUCAUCACGUUUCAGCUAGGAAUCAUCAUGACGCUGGUCUGGAGCAAAACAUUUAUAAGACUGAAGCUGACUGUUGUUUACCCACACUUGUAGCAGUGAUGCACCUUUAGCCAUGACACGCCAACACCCUCAACUGCAGCAGCAUGUGACCACUCCAUCCCAAACCAGUUCAUGCACUACCUAGAUGUGAACACUCCGAGGAAUACCUCACCCAAAUGAGUUGACCCGAGAGUCAUAAGACUCUAUUACUUGCUGCAUAAACACAAGCUGAAAAGACUGGAACACUUUCAAGAAACCACUCGGGUCUCAUGAGAUCCCAUCACUGCUUGCAGGAUUACAGCAUCUACAAGAUCUCCACUCCCACUCCCAAAAGACUUCUGCUUUUUACUUGUGCUGCUCGACUGCACAGGCAAUGGAAAAAAACAUAAACUUUAACUUGGUGGUCCAAAAAGGAACUGGGCAAUAAAGGGGAAUGGUUUCUGUUGGAAUAAAAUGCCAUAUUCUUACAGUUUAAUAUGAAAACAAAUCAUCAACUGCAUCUGCUUGCUGUGACCUAUCAAUUACAUUUUUGUUUAAGUUUGGUACUUUGAUCUAAAUGAUAAUAAGAUACACUCUGCCCAUGUCUUUCAGUAUUUCCUUCCUUUUAAUGUAAAUUAAUAAUACUAUGUUUACCUGACAGUGGCUUUCUGGGUUUUAGUAUUUAAUUUCAAAGACUGAGAGACAGGAAUUACUGCAGUUUUUAUAUUAUAGUAGCAUGUUUAAUGUUAAGACAUCUGUUUAAGAUUGAAAAAGGAGAUGGGAGGACAGCCUACAAGCCAUCGAGAUGUAGAGGCAGAGACGGUUGAGAGAAGUUUGGAAGUUUGCACGUAGAAGAGAGAUGAGGAGGAUAAACAUGGUAGACGGUGAAUGUGUCAGAGCCCGAGCUCCUGGGUUAGGAGAUCUUCUGAUGUCGUGUCAGAAACAAAAUUUAAAAAUCAUCACUUUGGCUGACUAGUGCUACAUCCCCUGUAUGUCUUUACAGUGGAUUUUCUUGCAUGGGUCAUAUUUCUAGCUCAAAAAUAUUUAUCUUCUGAAGAGAUUUCCGUGAGAUUAAACGUUAGCACAGAUAUAAAAACCCAUUUUGUCCUGGUUAAGUGUCUCUCUUUACCAGGAUCAGCCUGGAAAUGGUUGACUUUAGAUUAAAACUGUAAAAACAUUUAGCCAUCCACAAGUUUACAAGAGAAAUAAUUAGUUGGUGGGUGGCAGUAGAAGAAAAAACAUUGUAGUUUUAUAAUGGAUCUGUAUGGUACUGCUGGGAUGUCUGCACUUAACAUAUUGUUGAUGUCUGUUUCCCACUUGUUUGAUUGUAUGUUUCUUGCUGCUCAAACUACGUUAUGUGUGAGUGAAACUCUUUUUCCUUCUGCUUUCUUUCUAGAGUACUCGAACUUCAGAUGAAAUGUAAAAUAAUAAAUAUACCAAACAAUGGUGA